CACACACACACUCACAAACAAACUCAGAUACACUAACAUAGAGGCAACUGACAUAUUAUUAUUAUUGUUAUCCUUAUAUCCUAAAGCGUAUGUGUGUUUGAGCGUGUACUCAGAGAAAUAAAUAACCCUAGGAGUUUGAGUUUGAUAGAGAAGAGACAAGACAAGACAUUUGAGAGAAGGCGCAAUCAAAUAAAGGGGAUACAUCUGGAAUAUUACUUUCACUUCUACUUAUUCUUCGUCUUUUGAUAAACCGAGUUAUUAGUAAAUGCCACAGACACCAGGGAGUUUAGUAAAAGAAUAAAAGCCUAAGGAAGUGAGGAAACACAAUCCAGUACGAAAUUAAGUCGAAUCAUCACAACUCAACCCAGCAGAUAUCUACAUACAUACAGUUAAAAGAUGGCUAGUUUCAUUGCAAAACAACUCAUUGGAAACCAAUUGGAUUCAGUGAAAGGUGCAUUGGGUGAUAAAAAAGAUGAAGGAGAAGGUGUCCUCGGUGGACGUAAAGAAAUCGAUCCGGAGGUGGAAGCAGCAUUACGUGAAGCCGAAGAGAAACGAGAGGCUAAACAUCGUAAAAUGGAAGAAGAAAGAGAAGUAAUGCGUCAGGGUAUCAGAGAUAAAUAUGGAAUUAAAAAGAAGGAAGAAGAAAUUCCAAGUGAUUUCGAUUUUUCAAGCCCUGAAGGUCGUCUUGGUCGUAAACGUAAAACACCAGCUGAACUGGCUGCUGAAGCAAAUGAAGCCGAAGAUGAAAAUAUUUUGACAAGCAUGUUACCAGAAAAUAUGAGAAAUAUGGCGAAUAAAGUGACAGAAGUUCCUGGAAAACUCAUUUCAGAAGCAAGCGAAAAAUGUCUUCUCAUGUAG